AUGGACAUCAGGCAGUCAAUCGCCGCCCAAACCGACUUCUCCUCGUUGCUCACGAAGCAACUCAUCUCCACCCACGUCAAGGACGAGAACUUCGUAGUCUCGCCCCUCUCAAUUCACGUCUUGCUGGCCAUGGUAGCUGUCGGGUCGGGCCGCCCUGCACGCGAACAGCUCCUGCGCUACCUCAUGUUCGAUUCGAUCGAGGAGCUCAAUUCCCUAUCGUCGCAGAUUGCCACCUGGGUGCUAGCCGACGGCGGGCCGCUCGGCGGCCCUCUUCUGUCCAUUGCCAACGGGGUUUGGGUCGAACGCAGCCUUGCCCUGAAACCGGCUUUCAAAGAUACUAUCGAGAAUGCUUAUCGGAGCUCAGUAGGUCAUGUGGAUUUUCGCAAUCAGUCUAAUGUGGUAAGAGAAGCAGUGAAUGCUUGGGCCGAAGAGAAAACAAAUGGUGUGAUAAAAAAUUUGCUCUUGCCCAGCUCAGUCACUAGUGCGACUAUGGUCAUCCUUGCAAAUGCACUCUACUUCAAAGGAGCCUGGGAUUCAAAAUUCGACCUGUCUCUAACCCAAGUCCACGACUUCUUCCUCUUGAACGGAAGUUCGGUCCGUGUCCCUUUCAUGACCAGCUCCAAGAACCAAUUUGGGCGUGCCUUUAAGGAUUUUAAGGUUCUGAGGCUACCGUACCAAAAGGGCCAGGACACACGGGCAUUCUCCAUGUACUUCUUUCUUCCCAAUGCCAGGGAUGGCUUACAGGCGCUCGUCGAGAAAUUCGGCUCGAUUUCUGGGUUCAUAGAGCACCACAUGCCACACCGAAGAGUGAAAAUGGGGGAUUUUCGUCUUCCCAAGUUUAGAAUAAGCUUCGAUUUUGAGGAUUUGGAGUUUUUUAAAAAGCAAGGAUUAGUUCUUCCUUUUCGCGGUGGUUUGACCGAGAUGGUUAACUCUUCCCCGGAUAAUCCACUCGAAAUCUCGCUCUUUGUUCACAAGGCAUACGUUGAGGUGGACGAAAAGGGCACGGAGGCUGCAGGAGGUUCUUAUGCAUCCAUGCUAAUGGAUUGUCGAUUAUCACGCGAGGACGUGUUUGACUUUGUGGCUGACCAUCCUUUUCUCUUUGUAAUACGGGAGGAGACCAGUGGUGUCGUGCUCUUUGUUGGGCAAGUUGUGAAUCCUGAAGCCUGA